AUGGAGCUCCCAACUAUCGUCAUUGGCGACAGGAUUGAGCUUCCACCAAGGGAUGGAAUCACACGUGGCCGUUCAAAUUUAAGAUUCAGCGAUCCUAAGUGGGCUUACCAUCCAAGGCCACAAAAAAAGUGGAAGAAGCAAACAUUUAAAGUUAAAAAACAAUCUACCCCGGUUGGAAAGCUUACAAAAGGCUCAUGGGAUUUCAUUGUUCAAGAAGGAGAAUCAUUAGAAGAUUCUGGAAUGCAAACGAAAAUCUUAACUACACUUCCUAUUUGCCCAGUAGAUGUGGAUCAAGUCAAAGUUGCUAUGAAACAUAAAAUUACUAUGAAAACACUUACAAGGGGACAAUCAAAGCUCGAAACAAGAAGUCUCAAUAAUGAAAUGACUAUCAACUACCCAACCGAGCGCUCUCAUACCGCUAUGACUCGUUCAAUGCCUAUUCGUAAACCUUCAGUAGAUAUUGGAGGUACUUCAAUAUCAGAAGAUUUGAAGAAGCUUCUUGGACAAAAACGACCAAGACCUCGGCUUGGAGCCUCUCUUCACAUUAUUAGAAAUUAA